CAGCGCCGGAGCCGCCGCCGCUCUCUCCAUCAGCACCAUGAGCACUUACGGCUACGAGACCUACUUCCCAUCGUACAAGCGGCGCUAUGCGGACAGCUCCGCCGCCCGGGUGCACCUCUCCAGCGCCCGGAGCAGCAGCGGCGUCGGCGUCGGCAGCGUCGGCGGCUACGGCCUGGCUCGCUCCACCUACUCGAGCCUGUCGGCGCCCGUGUCGUCGGUGUCGGUGCGCCGCAGCUACACGUCCUCGUCCUCCUCCUCGCUGCUGCCGUCGGUGGACAGCCUGGACCUGACGCAGGUGGCGGCCAUCAGCAACGACCUGAAGACCAUCCGCAGCCAGGAGAAGGCGCAGCUGCAGGACCUCAACGACCGCUUCGCCUGCUUCAUCGAGCGCGUGCACGAGCUGGAGCAGCAGAACAAGGUGCUGGAAGCCGAGCUGCUGGUGCUGCGCCAGAAGCACGCGGAGCCGUCGCGCUUCCGCGCGCUCUACGAGCAGGAGAUCCGCGAGCUGCGCCUGGCCACCGAGGAGGCCACGCACGAGAAGCAGGCGCUGCAGGGCGAGCGCGAGAGCCUGGAGGACACGCUGCGGGCCCUGCAGGCGCGCUACGAGGAGGAGGUGCUCAGCCGCGAGGACGCCGAGGGCCGGCUGCUGGAGGCGCGCAAGGGCGCCGACGAGGCGGCGCUGGCCCGCGCCGAGCUGGAGAAGCGCAUCGACAGCCUGCUGGACGAGCUGGCCUUCCUCAAGAAGGUGCACGAGGAGGAGCUGGCCGAGCUGCAGGCCCAGAUCCAGUACGCCCACCUCUCGCUCGAGAUGGACGUGUCGGCCAAGCCCGACCUGUCCUCGGCCCUGCGCGACAUCCGCGCCCAGUACGAGAAGCUGGCGGCGCGCAACAUGCAGAACGCCGAGGAGUGGUUCCGCAGCCGCUUCACCGUGCUCACCGAGAGCGCCGCCAAGAACACCGACGCCGUCCGCGCCGCCAAGGACGAGGUCUCCGAGAGCCGCCGCCUGCUCAAGGCCAAGACGCUGGAGAUCGAGGCCACCCGCGGCAUGAACGAGGCCCUCGAGAAGCAGCUGCUGGAGCUGGAGGACAAGCAGAACGCCGACAUCGCCGCCCUCCAGGACACGGUCAAUAAAUUAGAAAAUGAACUGAGAACGACCAAGAGUGAAAUGGCUAGGUAUCUAAAGGAGUAUCAGGAUCUUCUAAAUGUGAAAAUGGCUCUGGACAUUGAAAUUGCAGCAUACAGAAAACUACUGGAAGGUGAAGAGACCCGACUUAGUUUCACCAGUGUUGGAAGCAUAAGCAGCGGCUAUACGCAGAGUGCCGGAACCUUCGGAAGAUCAGCCUAUAGUGGUUUACAGAGCAGUUCCUACCUGAUGUCAGCCCGUUCCUUCCCUGCAUACUACUCCAGCCAUGUGCAAGAAGAACAGAUAGAAGUUGAGGAGACCAUUGAAGCAUCCAAAGUAGAAGAAGCCAAAGAAUCUCCCCCAUCAGAAGGAGAGGAAGAGGAGAAAGAAGAGGGUGAAGGAGAGGGAGAGGGUGAAGGUGAAGAAGGAGAGGAAGAAGAAGAAGAAGAGGGAGAGGAGGAAGAGGGAGAAGGGGAGGGUGAAGGCGAAGGAGAGGGAGAAGAAGAGGGAGGAGAAGAAGAAGGUGCUGAGGAAGCAGAUGAGGGAGAGAAAAAGGAAGGUGAAGAUGAACAAGAGGAGGCUGGUGGACAGGAUGCACCUAAAGAGAAGAAGAAGGAUUGAUAUUAUAGAACUGUAUGUCGGUUUCCCAGAUAGUUUAACUGACUGAGCUAAAAUUGCUGUAACACGUAUUUAAAUCCCCCCAAUGUUCUUAGGUUUAAAGAAGUUAAUUGUCUCGUUUUCGUUCUGUUCUAUUUUUCUUUUCUUUUUUUCAAUGCAAAAAUUUAACCUGAAUGCUUGCAGAGUGUCCCACUGCCUGCUCCCAAACUACGCAUGGUGUAUUCUUACCAGUCCCAGAGCAAUGUGCAAUUCGGCUGAUUUCAAACCUUAGUUUAAGGGGAGGGAAAUUUAAAAGUGGGGAAGCCACUGGUGGAGGGGAGGGGGGCAAAAUAUGUCUAAGCUACAUUCAAAGUUGUUCUGAAAAACCUUGGGUGGUGAAAAUAUCAAAGUCUGUGCAAUCAAGCUAGUCAAUAAAGUUACCGAGCUGCAU